AUGGAAUCCAGGUAUAUUUCACCUCCAGAAUGUAUUUCGAAACAAAUCUGCUUUAUAUUAAAUAAUAUUACUGAAUAUAAUUUAAAAAGUCAAGUUAAUGAAAUCAUUAAUAUUAUGCCACAUGAUUUUACUCGAUGGUUUGCUUAUUCAAUUCUUAAUCGUAUUACUUCAGAACCAAAUCAGCAUAAUGUAUACUUUAAAUUUAUAAUAAUGAUUUCAGAAUAUUAUACAAAUUUUGAAACAGUUCUAUUAGAAAUUUUAACAAAAGAAAUUGAUUAUUUAAUAAAAUUAUCAAAUCUUAAUGUUUCUAAUGGUAAAAUAUUAAAAUAUUUUGGUAGAUUUUUAGGUUGUUUAACAAUUGCACGAGAUAUUCCUUUACAAAUAAAUAUCAAAUCAUUAAUUUAUACAACUUUGAAAUAUAAACCUAAUUCAUUAGAUUAUAUCGUAUCAUUUAUUUCGGAAUUAUUAAAAAAUAUAAAAUAUAAUAAUCGAAUAAAACCAUCCAAUUCAUGGGUGAAUGAAAUAUUACAAAUCAUGAAAGAAUUACAUUAUAUCACUGAUAAAUUAACUAUACAAUUUGAAAUUGAAUUAUUGUUUAGCUUUUUAGAAUGUGAUUUUAAUGAAUGGAAAUCUGCUUAUUAUCUUAGACGGUUUAUUGAAAAUGAGAACAAGGGAUAAAAUAAACAAACAAUCAUCUAACUAGAUUGACGCUAG